AUUCUGCUCGUGCUGUUUGUUUACAUAAAAAAAUGGUAGCUAAAAUUGCAUAAAAAAAUUAAUAAUUGGAUUUUUCUGGUUUUUCAUCGCUAAAAUAUAGUCUAGUCAUUAGUUUAUUUAGUGGCAAAAGCGGACAGUUCUAGCAGAAAAUGUCAAACGAGGAAGGUAACAAUCCGUUUAUCAAUCCUUCACCUGCGGUAAACAUUCCAACAACGAGUACGAAUUCCGAAGCUACUGACACAAAAUUUGAUCAGAAUCCGAUGGAGAAUCGAUGUGUCCAGCCCUCUGAUCCGGAUGCUGAAGAGUUGGACGAUGUACCAGCUACCAUGACUGCUUCAUACAGUGAGAUUGCAUAUACGCAGAAUUUUUUCGGUACAACGGCAGAUGGGGAUGGCGGAGAUCACCAAAACAGUGCUGAUCAUCAACCAGAUCGAUCUGGAUCGUCUUCGUCAUCUUCCUCCCAGACCCGAAAGCGACCUGAUUCCCUGAAUUGUGAUAGCCGAAAGAGUGACGCUUCUUUUCCAUACAAUUUGGAAGGUACGGUACGGGUGGACGGCAACAUGACUCACUUCGUUGCAGAAAAUCUAGAAUAUAAAAUUAAACUGGCCAGUCCGGUGACGGUAACCCGUAAAGAUUCCUGUAAUCCAUCUGGCUCCCGUCAGAGCACUCCAUCUGCUGCGACUGGCGUUACCGGAGGGCUCAGUAGCUACGGUGGUUUAAUUCCCCGGCCCUUCAUGAUGCCCCCACAUCUAAACCAGAUUGAUCCGAAUGUGCUGAACGAAGUAGAACGGGAGGCUCAAGCGCUGGCCGCAUCGGUUGACAACCUCAGCGAAAGUUUGUGCUCGGUGCUCCACUCAAUAUCCUCGAUAACGGCGGACAACGUGGAGAUUUACAAAAACUCGGUAACGAAACUAACCGACUGUAUGGACGCUAACAUCAAAUGCAUGUACACAAUCAUGGCCAAGGCUGAAGAAAUCUCCAAAGCCAUCAAACCGGCAGAAGCGCUCGCCGGACGAAUACGAGAGAUUAAAAGGCUGGUCGAUAUGUUUGAAAGUAAUGUUUAAUUUCGACACCAACUUACAUCGUUCAUAGCAGCUCCCUGUCCCCUACGUUGAAUGUCCCGUAAGUUCUUGUUUAGCAACCGUUAUUGUGAUGUUAGCAUAAUAUGAUUUAAAUAAGCUUCACAUCAGUCAACAGUGCUCAUUUCAUUGUUGAAUUAACUAUAGCCAUGAUUCUUACAAGAUAAUAUUACGUAUAAAAAUAUUAUGAAAAUUGAUUCUGUCAAUGACGCUUUAAGUAUUUAUAAUAACCGAUAA